AUGAUCCAUUCUGACACGCUGUAUGGUACCCAGAUACAUCUUAGAGAAAUGUACAAGGAAAUUAAUACCAAUAUCAUUGGCGACGCCCGCAGCUAUAACAGUGACACAGUGCCCUCAAAUCUAACACAGAUAAUGGUUUUUGCAAAUAUGUUCAACAGUACUGCCAUUCCAAAUAGAAUCAAUGAAUGCAUUUCCGACAUCACCGCCAAAGUCAAAUACGAAGUCACCGAAAAAAUCAAGACCCUUAAAAAAUCGGCCCUCUCGCAGUUUGUAACCCGUAAAACUGCCGAGUUAGAGGAGCUGAAAAAGUUCGUUCACUACCAGAAAAAUAUCAUCAGUAAGACUAUUUUCACAAAUCAGACAACCGGCCUCAAGGGUCUGAUGAACACUAUUGGCAGCAACCUUCAGUCGUACAUUGAUCCACUGAGAUAUCCAAGCGUGAAAGAUUUGUCAAAACAUCUUGAUUUCUAUUUCAAUCCCCUCUUUACCCACAUCUCCACCGAAGCCUCCCCCUCCUCCCAACUGGUCGCCGGCCUCCAAGCCCGCACCUACGACCUCCUCACCCACCUCCACGACAACAAUCGCACCUUCACCUUCGACGCCGAAUUCCGCUCCCACCUCCACGAGCUGACCUCCGCCCUGUCCACGUUCGACCCCGCUGACUUCGCGAACCCGCACCACCCGCAACUCCUGGAUGCGCUGAAGGCAGGGAUGCAAGGGCUGGUAGCGGAGAUGGAAAAGGCGUAUGUGAGUAGGUAUGAUGGGCAUCCUAAGAUGGAGUGGAAAGUUAUCAAGGAGAAAAAAGUUACCGACGAAUUAACCGUCGACGCUACGCGCUGCGCCAAGGUGUUUAUGAGCUGCCUGCCGAUGUGGGUGGAGGACCUCGGGGAGUUGAAGAGGAGGUGUGAACAUAGUUGGCAAGGGAAAGCCAUUCAUCUAAAGGAUGAAAUUGACAAAGAAAACCCCCUUGGUGAGUUCCUCAAGCAUUGCGGUUACAUUGUUCCUACCAGUCAGAAGUCGCAUCAGGACGGGGAGCUGCAGUGCAAGUAUAAGUUCACCGGUGCAAAUAUUCUUGAAAAGCUCGUGGAGAAUAAAUUAGAACGCGGUACGGUUUUUGAUCACAUCAAAGCGUGCGAAUCGAAUCAAGAUAUUAAGACAGGUAAGCCGAAGGAAAAAACACAUUUCGAUAUUAGCAAUAUUCUUGAUUGCCUGUACCAUCACUUGGACCAAUAUAACGAAGUAGGUCACCUGUCUACUCUAACAUCAAAGAGGCAUCCAUGUUCCGUUUACGAUAUGUUAGUUUGGCUAUCUGGACUUACGCACAACCCUGUACGUCACGUUAAGCUAGACGCAGCUAUCACGCAUAUUUUGGAAGAGCUGUAUAAAAGGGGCAAGGAAGAUGUAGAUGAAGUGGUCGACGGGUUAGAAAUAGAACCAGUAGUUGGCGACAAUUUUAAGAUAUCAUUGGUGAAUAACCAAACGGUACCCUUGGAAGCUUACCCACGUAACGUAUCAUAUGAAGAUAUGCGAACAGCGGUAACUGACAUAUGUGCAAACGCGUACGAUGUUUUAACCACAAUAGCCGGAACAGGAGACGAGUUCACCACCUACGCGUCUGACUUGUCGAAUAAUUCCAUGAAAUUCCACUACCCCCAAAGCGGCGAAGAUUGCUUCGACAUGUUGCUCGACAUAUUACGCCGCUUGUUCCCGCCGCUAAAAUUCCUGCUCGGCCAGUGUAGCUAUGCCGCAUACAACUUUGGUUGGCGCGAUUGUAUGUACGGCAAAGAUAUUGCUUCAGGCAAAUCGCAGUGUAUCGACCACUCAGAAGACAAAGCAGCGUGCCAACCAAACGGCAAACCAAAUGACCAACCAAAGUGCCAAGUAAACAGCCAAGCAAAUUGCCGACCAACUUCCCCGUUAAUGUCCUAUCUUAACGAUUGCUUACCGGGGCAUCUACCUCACCAACUUAGCAAAAUUGGUUGCAGGUACGAGUGCCUCAAUUGCCCUUCAACAUCCAAGAAAGGUAUGCCCUGUCUUACGCCGCUUGGAUUCAGGGGAUUCUCCGGUUCCACUAAGACGGGUGGAGACAUAUGUCACAUCAUAAGGAAAUUCUUUGCUAAUACCCAUCUCAAUGGUUUGCUGUGCCUAAUUCCGAAACCGCCGUCCACCUUACCGGAGCAUUUCAGUUUCGUCCAGUCGCUUGCUAACAGCUGUGGGUCAAGUAAACGCAUGAACCUGAGUGAUAUGCGAUCCGCAUUUGAGGCAUCUGUUAACAACCUCUCCAUUCAACUGCAAACUGAUAGCACUGUCUUUACUAAAGCACUGGUUGACGCCUACGGUUCUAAGUCUGCAACUCACACCGACUGCGAACAUCCUCAUCUUACGACCCUAACAACCACCGACACAUGUAAAGGCAAAAAGAAAAAUGUUAACUGCGCUCCCUAUAUAUAUCCCUUAGCCGAAGAUGCAUAUUGUUACUUCGCCAUGAAACACUGUGACACAUACGUGUCCUGGGCGGUGUACCUUCCAUGGACGUUCUGGGAGUAUCUCAAGAAUCUAUGUGACGACUUUUGCAAUAUCUUCUGCGCAGACUGGGGCUGUCGUAGUUGCCUUAACAGCAGCAAGUGCAAACGCGGCGAACAUGGAAAGAGUGAUGAGCCGAAGGAAAAUGUACCAGGCCAACCGCAUUGCAAAUGCUCAUCCAUGGUAAAAUGUAAGGGUGUUUCACCAACAUUUUACAGAUAUGGCUUUGCAUUUGGUGACCCAAAUGCGCUCGAUGCCAACAAGCAAUGCCAUGAUUUCUAUAAUCAAUUAACUGCUGUCCUAAAAUCGCAGUACUUCAAGAACCUGUUCGACACGUGCGACCACUUCCUAUUCAAAAUCCGCUCCCCCUUCAUCUGGCUCAACGUCGCCCUCUGGCUCCUCUCUCUCCUAUACCUCCUCCACAUCAUGGUCAUCCGCCUAGACCUGCUCCACAUCAAAUCGCAUUUGCAUAGUCCCUCGAGUCAUCGCAUCGCUGCUCAAUCACUACUCGCCGCGGCACGUGUUAACAAACUGGGCAGGGUGUUUUAUCUACAACCAUAA